UUUACAAAGGUGAAAAAAGGAGCAGAAGUCGUAAGAAAAUGCUUGGAUCAGAACGUGGUGUGGUAGAAGAAUGGCUGUCAGAAUUCAAGACAUUACCUGAAACACAGAUCUCCAAUUAUGCAGCCACGCUUCACCGGAAAAAAACAUUGGUGUCUGCUCUUUAUAAGGUCAUUCAGGAUCCAAACAAUGAGCUUCUGGAGCCCGUCUGUCACCAACUCUUUGAACUUUACCGCAGUUCAGAGGUCCGUCUCAAAAGGUUCACGCUACAGUUCCUGCCAGAAUUGAUCUGGGUUUACCUGCGUCUGACUGCCAGCAAAGACCGGCAGAGUAACGGCUGUAUCGAAGCCCUGCUCUUGGGGAUUUACAACCUGGAAAUUGCUGACAAAGAUGGAAACAAUAAAGUUUUAUCCUUCACCAUCCCUUCCUUAUCCAAGCCAUCGAUUUACCAUGAGCCAUCUACUAUUGGAUCCAUGGCUUUGACGGAGGGAGCGCUUUGUCAACAUGACCUCCUCAGAGUAGUUUAUAGUGACCUGCACCCUCAGAGAGAAACGUUUACGGCACAGAACAGGUUUGAGGUGCUGAGUUUUCUUAUGUUGUGUUACAACUCCGCCAUUGUCUACAUGCCUGCCUCUUCCUAUCAGUCGCUUUGUAGGAUGGGUUCCAGACUCUGUGUCAGUGGGUUUCCACGGCAACAUGAAAAAUGCUGGAAGGAAGAUUGCGGUAGAGUAGUCUUGGAUCCGGACUUCAUGGUGCAACUCCUCACCGGAGUUUAUUAUGCUGUAUACAACGGACAGUGGGAUCUCGGCCAGGAAGCCCUGGAUGACAUAAUUUACAGAGCGCAGCUUGAGCUCUAUUCUCAGCCGCUGUUGGUUGCGAACGCUAUGAAGAACUCCUUGCCCUUUGAUGCUCCCGACGCAUCCCAAGGAGGGCAGAAAGUGCUGAAGGUGGAGGUCACUCCGACAGUGCCGAGGAUUUCUCGGACCGCCAUCACCACCGCUUCCAUCCGCCGCCACCGCUGGAGGAGAGAAGAUGCUGACGGGAUCAACGGAAGAGAAGAAUCUGUGAACCUGAAUGAUGCCGACGAAGGAUUUUCAUCCGGGGCAUCACUGAGCAGCCAACCUGUCGGUACCAAACCCCUUUCCUCUGCGUCCCAGAGGGGCAGCUUGCGGAAAGGAGGGAGCGGCCGGGCGGCCAAGGAAAAAGAAAUCUUCUUGGCCGCCAAAUCCAGUGAGAGCCCUCGAGAGUCAGUGCGCAAGCAGUAUCUCCACCAGUCGAUUGACCUGGGCCCGGACGCGAUCGAAAUGACUUCGACGAAGAAGCACCUGAGCCUACCCGCCGGACAGGUGGUGUCGAAAGCCAACAGCGUCAGCCUGAUCCGGACCGCCAGCGCUUCCUCCACUAAAUCGUUUGACUACGUGAACGGCGGCCAAGCAGGUUCCAGCGUUGGCCUAGGCAGCGAGGGUGUUAGUAACUUGGCGGCUGGGAACACCAAUAGGUUUUCGACCAUCAGUCUACAGGAGGACCGCUUAGGCCAAGCGGGGAAUGGGAAAGAUGUUCUCUCACCAGGAGCUCCUCUCACCAAGCAAUCCCGAUCCCCGAGUUUCAAUAUGCAAUUGAUAUCCCAAGUUUAGCUUUGUUGUCCCGCCUUUCCCGCCCCCCUUUCCCCUCCAGUUCCUUUUUGAGCGUCGACAGCAGCUAUCGUCCUAAUAUGGUGGGGGGGAAGAAAACCCUGGCUUUUUGUGAUCUCGUUCAGAUUCAUUUUAGAUACCAUAUUAUAUUUUGUACUGAAACAGCAAUAAAACCUCAUGUUCUGGUCCCCCAUUCCCCCCCUCCCUUUCCUGCCCCUCCACCCCCCCAUGUGAUUGUGAAGCAGUAUAAGAUGUACUUAUAUGCCUUUUCCACGCCUUCCUUUCUCCUUGGGUGAUGUGCAAUCCAUUGUAGGCCGAUCAGUCCCAUUUCAACACUGUGAGUCUUGAGAAGAUCAGAGGAAAUGGUGAAUGUGAUCCCUAUGGAAAAAAGAAAUGAAGCUUUUUUGGCUUUUUUUCCUGAGAAAUAGAAACGGGUUAGUUCUCCUCCCCGCCCUCAAUCUGCAGUUCUGCAAAGACUACCGGAUUGUGACUUUUUUUCCUCUCCUUUUGUUUCUUGGAACCGGGAGUGCCUCAGAGAUCAUACAGGACUUCUGGACUCUGAGUUCGCAAAGACAGUUCCGAGGGAGGGGGGAAAGGCUGCCGUGGCUCCCGGCAGCUGUCGAAAUGCACUUUGUCACUGAGACGAGAGUAGUCAGUCCUCCUCUUCCUCCUCUUCUGCCAUUCUCCGCUUUUCCCAAACUUUUUGAAGUUCAGCAACUGCAACAUGCAUGUUACCAAGUCGUUGCCCCUCCUCCUCAGAAAGAGCGGACUGUAAGUAGACAGUGUAGGUUACAAGGCACUUUUAAUGGCGUUGUAGCCAUAUGUCAUGUUACAUGUCUUCCCCCUUCUCCUCCAGGACACAGGGUUGUUUGUGCAUAUAUACACUAGGACUUUG